AUGUACAAAGUAAAUAUUGGUCGCGAGAGUCGUUCGUGUCGUGUGUCGCUGAGUGCGCGCGCGCUCCUCGCAACUGACUCGCGGAUUGUGGUACUCUGCGCGUGCGCCCCUCACACCUUGACGCCGCGCAUCGCGCCCACCAGAGUUCUCCGACACUUCCGUGCUAGUAGAGAGACUCGUGAUUGUGGAAUCUCUGAAUAUACUAGACUUACAUGGCUUCAGCCGCGUAUCGACGGUAAUCCUAUGAAAAGCGAACGCGAAGUGGCUGUAAGUAAAAUCAUCCCUCCCCGCCAGUUUCGUGGAACUGAGUGGCCCGACACUAGGUACUCAAAGGAGAUGCGAAUUGAAAAGGAAAGACGGGACGAGAACAGAAAUAUCGUAGCUACUUAA